AAAUUUAGAAGUUGCCGUAUGGAUUAACAAAUGACGCAUCCGAGGCAAAAGCUGUAGAAUACAAACCGAAAAACAGAUAUAAAGACUUGUACCCAUACAAUAUGAACAGAGUAACGCUUCCAGAAAUACCAGGAGAAUCGACUUCUACUUAUAUCAACGCCAGUUAUAUAAAUGGAUACGAGACUACUAGCAAAUAUAUUGCAGCCCAGGGUGCCCUUGAAACGACUGUUGAAGAUAUAUGGAGAAUGGUUUGGUCAAAGCAAAUUUCUGUCAUAGUCAUGCUCACCAACUGCUUUGAAUUAGGCCGGCUAAAGUGUGUCCAGUACUGGUCAAAUGAGGGCUCUAGGGUGUAUGCUGAUAUAUCUACAGACGUUGUCUCGGUUGAAGAGUACACUGAUUUCAAAAUCAGAACAUUUCACUGCACACAGGAAGAAUCUGGAGAACGCCGAACAGUAUUGCAGUUCCAUUACACAGCCUGGCCCGACAAAGAUGUCCCUGACACUGCUCUUUCAUUGGUGCAGUUCUGGCGAAAGGUCAGGGGUCACGAAAAAGCUAAACGUUUACCAUGGAUGGUGCACUGCAGUGCUGGUGUCGGACGAACUGGUACAUUUAUUGCAUUGGAUUAUCUGUACGAUCAGGGUAAAUCCGAGGGAAAAGUAAACGUCAAAGAUGGUGUAUACACUUUACGGCAACAGCGACUGAAUAUGGUGCAAACAAAGGAGCAGUAUGUGUAUCUACACGAAUCGGUUGCAGAAACGCUUGAUCCUUUAGGGACUGUCUGUGAGAAGGAACACUACAUAGAUGUGCAUAGGAAACUGUUUACUGAAGAAGGAAUCCCUAAUCCAACCUUCUAUGACGAAUUUGAAAAUAUUUGUGAAGACAUGGAAGCUGGAACUGAGACAGCGGAAGCAAUUUAUCAAAAUACAGCAGACACCAACAGUGCGAACAGCAAAGAGCAUUCUGACGCGAUGCUCCCGGUAAACAUACCCAAAUCAAGAGAUAUUCAAGUCAUUCCAGAUAACCUCCAUCGGCCUAGACUAGGAAUGACUGUCAAAGGAAGAAACGAUUUUAUUAAUGCUGUUUUUGUCUCGACAUACAGCCAAAAAGAUCGUAUGAUUCUUACACAGUUUCCAUUAAGAGAAACUGUUGUUGACUUUGUAAGAAUGGUGUGGGAGUUUAACAUUAAAACAGUUGUAUUACUGGAGGACUCAGAUAUUGCGGAAGGUGUAUAUUGGCCUUCAAGUGAUGUACCAAAAGCGAUUGGACCACUAAAAGCCAAACUUAUGCACGAGAAGAAAGAGGAGUUUUACACAUCAAGAACAGUUAGAUAUAGUUUCCGUCUAAACGAUAAUGAGCAGCAAAAGGAUGUUCACAUGUUCCAUUUCCGGGCAUGGCCAGGCAAUGGAAAGAUACCGAAGAGCACAGCGUCUAUGCUUAGACUGAUAUCAGAUAUUGAGAAUGAAGACACGGGCAAAGAAAGUAGUCCGCUGGUGAUACAAUGCUUAGACGGUGCUAAGAAGAGCGGGCUCCUGUGUGUACUGUUAUGUGUGUUGGAGAGGAUGAAAACGGACCGGGAGGUUGCAAUUGCAGAAACUGUCAGACUGGUCAGACUGAGAAGGAAACAAGUUAUUGACAACAUUGAGCAGUACAAAUAUUGUUAUAACAUUAUUCGAGAAUACAUCGAGAACCAUGAUGUCUAUGCAAAUGUCAUGUAAAUCUUCAAAUGCAAAUUACACCUAACAUUGUGUGAUGCAGGAGUAGGUUACAAAAAGUGUAAUACAUAUACAAAUUUACUGUCUGAAAUACAGCAAGUGAUAAAUGAGUACAAAACCCUGAAGUCAUGUAAUGAUGGUAUCCCGACAAGGUUUACGAUUGAUUUAACAUGGGAAGUGUUGGAAUGUUGGAAGGGCUUUACGAAUUUAACGUUUCUUGUAAAUAAGGAUGACAUAUUACACUUCUAUAACGCGCAAUGGCUUAAGAGAGGAAUGUAUUCUGUCUUCUCCACAUCAAUGAUCUGAUUUUACCUUUAACUGUUGAUAUAUCUGUUACAUUUGAAAAUCUCGUACCCUAUUUUACGCCUUUGAUAUUGUUGUAUUAAUAGAGAAUGUUUGUGAUUUGAAAACUACUGACUGCUUUCUCUGAACUGGUAGUAACAAUGUCGAUAUGUUUAUGAAAUAUGUUUUCCGCAACCCUCUGAGCAAUUGUCUGUUGGGGUAUUCGCUUGUUGUACAAAAUAAACACAACGUUGACUGGUAUGCUAGUUGAGGAACACCUCUAAUCAGACCCAACUAGUUUAAGUUCUAGCCUAUCAAUAGUUUCUUAAUCGCUUAAUGUAAACUCGAAGGUGCUGUUUCACAAAAUUUAUUUACGAAAUGAAUGACCAUAAUUAUAUUAUUUUAAAACAUAUUAAUUCACUGUAAUUCAGCAAAUUACUUUUAGUGUUUAAAACAUGUUUUAACAUUUUAUUGUAAAACAAAUUACUAAUUGUGGUAUAAAGAAACAUGAUGCAUAUUUGAAAAUUGACAAUGCAGUACCUUUAAUUUUAUAAUCACUGUCUAAGUAAGUAAGUAAGUUUCUUCUUCUCAUAGAGUAUGUUAUAAGUUUUCGAUUUGUGGAGCAACACCUUUCAGAACAGAGAUGGGUAGAUAUAAAAUAUGCAAACUCACGGUCUGACAUGCUGUAAUACAGUUUAAACCGGCAGUAUAAUCUCAACCACAAAUUGCUACUUUUGGUGUUAACAGCUGUUUCUCUUUAUCAAACAUUCAUCUUGUUGGUAAAUAAACCGAAUGUACAUUCUGCUAAGCAUUCCUUAUAAAAAUCAUGCCAAAACCAAAAACAAAACUGUUAACAUGAAGAUGUUUUGUUGUUGUAAAUAGUAAUAAUUUCAUAUCAUUCAAGUAUUUCUUUUAUUAUAAUACUCCCAAAAAGAAGUUGCUAAUUACUCCAUCCAUAGUUUAACUAUGUUGACAGUGUAUCUUACACGUGUAUUAGAUCUAUUAUCUUUUUUAUUUCAGUUUCAGUAUUUAAUUAUUAUUUUCAGCUUUGAUUAAUUUUUGGUAUAAGAAUUAGCAGCUUCUUCGUGGUUUGUCUUGUACAUAUUUUUGCAUACUUACAGUGUAUAUAACGUUGAUGGAGGGCAGUAAUCCCUACUUAUUCAUGAACUGAAUGACAAUGUAUGUAAUGUUAACGAUGUUUAGAUGUACAUGUAUAUAUAAAUAUGAUACAUUGAAGUGGCUAAAAAGAAAGAAUAAACUAUAACUGCACACAACUACUCUGUCACGUGGAGAUACUGAACAAAUGUGCUAAACGAUUGAACUGAAUAGAAAAUGUAACCCGUUUUCUAUAGCACUGUUCUACCGAAAUCGACAAGACUAUAAAACUCCUUUAUAUAAAAGUGAUGCCAGCGCAAUAAAUGCAUGUUAUCCUCAAAACAUAGAUGUUACAUGCACGAGCCGUUCCUUUAUAUCCGUAUAUAUUCAUACAUUGUAUACGACUGAGACAAAAUCAGAAAGGGAUUUUCAAUGAGUGCCAAGCUAUGCCUCAUUUACUGAAAUAUGCUUUAAAAUGCAGUAGAUACACUGAUGAUGGUGUGUUGCAGUUGAAACGAAGACAUUUCCAUAGAUAUAUAACAUAGGUUUCAGUAUUAGCAUUAAUGAAAAUCAACAGAGAAAGGUAAAAAAUGGCCACUUUUUAGCGCUCUUCUUGUGCAAAAUUCAGUCUUUUGUAAUGCAGAAAAUAUACUUACAGUAUAACAAUAAACAGUUAACUUAAAAGUAUGUACAGCAGAUACUAUGCAAUGAUUAACAUAAACUGAGUAGUGCCCGUAGUCCCUCUGCAUUAAAUACAUUUACCUCCUUUGCCAUUUUUGAACAUUUUUGAAAAUGAUGUUUGUGUAUGAAUUUAGGUUAAAACCGUGGCAUGAGGUAAAGUUAAAACAAUCAUCAUUCUCUCAAUGAUUCUUCAUUAUAUGGCAAUGCAUAUAUUUUGUCAUAAAACAUUUUCUAUAACUGUUUUGCUUGGUUAAAUUUGUUUAAUAUACUAUAUUGUUAUACUUUAUAGAGAUUUUCAUAUUAAGUGUUAAAUUCUCUCAAAUAGAGCAGUGUUAUGACAAGAGAUGUAGCAUGUGUCCGUAGCCCUUUCUACCUGGGAUAGGAAGAAAAGAUCAAUAUUUAUAUUCUAUUUUUUAUAUUCUUCAAGAUCGUUCACCACUUCAGUCCACCUUGAUCAUAUUUCGGCCGUAUAAACUAGUAUAUUUAUUCAUUUACAUAUUCUAUAGGGUUCGACUGGAAAUUUGUUUACGUUUUUUGUACCCCUCUCCCCCAUGAGUGGUGGAGGCAUAUAGAUUUGCUCUUGUCCGUCCGUCCUUCCGAGAAUAUUGUGUCGCGCCUAGCUCCGAAAGUAUUUGACAUAGAGUCACAAAACUUUACAGGACUGUUGGUUAGCAUGUGUAGUUGUGCACCUAGGGUUUCGCGUGCUGAUUCAUUCAGUCGUGUAGAAGUUAUGGUCCCUGACAGUAAAAAUUGGUCAUUUUAGUGUUGUGUCGCGCCUAGAUCCAAAAGUAUUUGACGUAGAGCCACAAAACUUUACAGGAAUGUCGGUCAGCAUGUGUAGUUGUGCACCUGUGGUAUCGCGUCCGGAUUCAUUCAGUCGUGUAGGAGUUAUGGCCCCUGACGUAGUAAAAAGUAAAAAAUUGGUCAUUUUAACGUUGUGUCGCGCGUAGCUCCAAAAGUAUUUGACCUAGAGUCACCAAAGUUUACAGGAAUGUUGGUCAGCAUGUGCAGUUGUGCACCUGUGGUUUCGCGUCCGGAUUCAUUCAGUCGUGUAGGAGUUAUGGCCCCUGGCUUAUUUUUUUUAAGUUUUUUCAUUACACAAGACCAGACUUCUUGUCCAGACUUACUUAAAACAGUUUGUGAAACAUGUAUGUUAAAAUGUUUUUGACCCAGAAUCAUAAAAUAUUAGAGGAUUGUUUUAUAGUCUGUGAAGUGUUCUCUUUAGGAUUUUACUAGGCCAGAGUUAUGGCAAACUAAGUGAAAAAUACACAUAAGGUUCUUAAAUGUUUGUGUUGCAAACAUCUUAAAAAAUAUUUAACCUGAGUCAUAAAACCAUGUUACAGUGGCAGGAGUGGGGGCACUUGUGUCCUAUGGACACACAUCUAGUAAUUUUCUACAAUAAAUAUAUACUUCUA